AUGCGAGUCGCAAUGUCAGCGAGUCGCAGCGACAAGCGCGUCCAGCGGCACGGCGCUAUCAUAGUCUUCGGAUGCGAGAAACUGCAGCAGCUGCCGUCGUCAUUCAGUAGUCUCCCUUCUCUAACGCGGCUCGAUAUCAGCAAAUGUCCCAUUGCUAACCUUCCAGAGGGUAUAGGCCAUCUUGGUGACCUGCGGGAGCUGACCUUGAGCUGCUGCAAUGAGCUGACUGCACUGCCAGCAUCCAUCACUCAACUGAGCCGCCUGAAGACUUUGAAGGCAUGCACGUGUAUCAAGCUCGCGUCUGCACCUCGAGCCUUGGAAAACCACUCAUGCCUGCGGGAGCUGGAUCUGACGGGAUGUGUUCUUUUGCAGGCGACUUUAGAAUCUUUGCCAAGGUCGUUGGAAACCUUGAGCUUGGGAACCGACACCAGCAGCAUCAUUCUUCCAGACAUGUCAACAACUUCGAACCUCAAGAAGCUGAAAUUGAUUCGGGUUACCAUCACGGACGCACUAGCGACCAGCCGUGACCUCUCUCAGAUAGAGCACCUGGAGUUGCGCCUGGGUGCUGAACAAGCAGAGUUUCCUCUCCUCCUCGGGUUCCUUUCAUGCCUUCGUAAUCUACACAUCUCAAAUGCCAAGGCAUUGAAACACCUGCCUCAUGACCUCGGUUCUGCUCUGCCUCGGCUGCGACAGCUGCAUGUGGAAGGCGCGGACGUUCUGAGGGAGAUUCCAAAUAGUGUAUCACUGCUGGUGCAACUCAAAUCUCUUCACAUUGAAGCUCCAAGACUGACCCAUCUUCCUGACACCAUCUCUUCCUUAACGAGACUGGGCGACCUUAGCCUGCGUAAUUGCUCCUCCCUGACAAGCCUGCCCAGUUCUUUCACCAACCUCACUUACCUGCAGAGAUUGGAUCUCAGCGAGACGGCACUUCACUUCCUUCCUCCAAACUUCCACCAUUUGGCACGACUCAGAGAGCUGGACCUGAGUGGCUGUGGGCAGUUACCGUCCCUGCCGCAACACCUGUCUAACUUGAUGCUGCUGCGAGUGCUGAAUCUCAAGGGCUGCAAGAUUCUUGGCCGAGAGCCGGUGCCUGGCCAAGAGCCGAUGCUUGAGGAUCUUUACGCAAGGCUUGGACUCAAGGUGUACCAGACAAAGCAUAUUUGGUCAAUCAACAUCUAG